CGUCAUUUCUCCCCUCCCAGCUUUCCCAUGGAAUGUUUUGUCAUGAGGUACUGUCUGGCUUGCUGAUUAAUUACUUUAUUACUUCAUCCCUUCGACAAGGCCGAUGAGUUGCCGGAGUCAACCAACAAUCUAGAUGCUAUUUGAUCGCUUUUCAGAGCUAGAGCUGCUCUGCUCAAGGCCAUGGAUCCUGUCUCGUUCCUUCAAGAACCCGUACCGCAAAUCCCACGCUUAUCCCCGAAACGACCCCAUCUUUAUCUAGCUUCACAUUCAGGUUCACGAAAUCUCCCUUUCCUGGGAUUGACGCAACGCUUUCUUCAAGAUGGCUCCAUCAAGAAAACUAGGGUUGCGAGAAAUUCCCAUCAUCCCGGAGGUUUAGUUGAUUCUAAAAGUGGAAUUUCUGAUGUCCCUCUCUUGACCGGCUUGGAGGCCUUUGAGAAGCUAAAAGCAUACAGAGAGAAGACAAAGGGCAAGCAGCAAUUCCUUGCCAUGUAUUCUAGCAUUUUUGGUGGGAUAACAACAAAUGUUGCUGCUAUGGUUAUUCCUAUGGACGACCACAUGGUUCACAGGGGCCAUGGUGUCUUUGAUACCGCAGCAAUAAUGGAUGGAUGCCUGUAUGAGCUGGAUCAACACCUUGACCGUUUUUUAAGGUCAGCUAUUAGGUCCAAAAUAAACCCCCCGUUUGAUCGAGAAAGCAUACGAAGGAUACUCAUACAAACUGCAAGUGCUUCCAAAUGUAGAAAUGGAUCAUUGAGAUAUUGGCUCUCAGCGGGACCUGGUGAUUUUCAGCUAUCUCCCUCUGGCUGCCACCAAUCCGGUCUUUAUGCAAUUGUAAUUCAGAAUCUGUCCCCAUUCAGCUCCAAGGGAGUUAAAGUCGUGACUUCUUCUGUCCCAAUUAAACCUCCUCAGUUUGCAACCACUAAGAGCGUGAAUUACCUUCCAAAUGUGCUUUCAAAAAUGGAAGCUGAAGAAGCUGGUGCUUUUGCUGGCAUCUGGCUGGAUGAUGAUGGCUUUGUUGCUGAAGGGCCUAACAUGAAUGUGGCUUUCGUCAAUAAAGAGAAGGAGCUUCUCAUGCCUCAUUUUGACAAGAUUCUAAGUGGUUGUACAGCCAAAAGAGUCUUAACUCGCGAGAGUUUGGUGAAAGAGGGUAGGAUUCGGGAUAUAAGGAUGAAAAAUGUGACAGUGGAGGAAGGGAAAAAGGCAGAUGAAAUGAUGCUUCUUGGCAGUGGAGUCCUUGUUUGCCCUGUGGUGCAGUGGGAUGAUCAGGUCAUUGGAGGCGGUAAGGAAGGCCCCAUAGCCCAGACUCUCUUGAAUUUAGUUGUAGAGGACAUGAAAUCUGGCCCUCCCACUGUUCGUUUACCUGUUUCUUAUUGAUCUGACUUCAUUUCCUUCUCCUGACUCAUCACGAUGGAGCUUCUAAACGCAGAAAAUAGUAAUUAUAAAUUAUCGUGGAGUUGUCAACCUGUCAUCGCUUACCUGUGAACAAUGUUUGUGUUGUAAAGCCCUUUUAUUUUUUAAUGAUAUCCCAGCAUGUUCAAAACUUGUUUAUCUUGUUAGUGUCAGACGCAGACGAGAGGAAGUAAAUAACUUUUCUAUCCUUA